UGCUUUCCAUACAUUUUCCAAUGUAACAAAGACAGUAUAAUGACUGUGAAUCAUUUUGGUUUAAAAUACACGAUAUUAAUAUAGUUCGACACGGUUCAGUGAAUAUGUAACGUGGAAGAAAUAUAAAACUUACCUUUUAUUAGACUAGAAAAGAUAAAUUGUUGACCAGAAGUCAGAUAUCAGAGGUGAUAUGGAACAGACGUCAGAUACCAGAAAAGAUAUGGAACAGACAUAUGAUACCAGAGAUGAUAUGAAGCAGACAUCAAAUACCAGAGGUGAUAUGGAACUGACAUCAGAUUCUGAAGAUGAUAUCGAGAAGACGUCGGAUACUGAAGUCAAACCUCAUAAAUGUGGUGUGUGUGGUGAUGGGUUUGAUCAAAUUAAAUUAUUAAAGUCACACAUGCGUUCACAUGAUGGCGAGAAAGCAUUUCAAUGUGGUAUAUGUGGUAAAGGGUUUUGCACAUUUGUUUUAUUACAUAGACAUAUACGAGAUCAUAUUGGUAUUAAACCUUAUAAAUGUGAGACGUGUGGUAUAGGGUUUACUCGAAAUUAUCAUCUUCAGAGACACAUAAAAAAAUUAUCAUGUACAAAACAGUAUAAGUGUGAUUUUAGUUUGAGUCAGAUGGAUAUAUUACAAAGACGUGAGACGAUACAUACUGGUGAUAAAUCAUAUAAAUGUGAUGUAUGUGAUUUUAGUUUUAGUCAGAUGGAUAAAUAACAAAUACAUGAGAGAAUACAUACUGGUGAUAAACCUUAUAAAUGUGGUAUCUGUGCUCAAGAAUUUAGUCAUAGAGUGGACUUGACGAGACAUAUGAGAAGAACACAUAAGAUUACAAACCCAUUUAAAUGUUCUCCAUAUAGUAAUGGGUUCAGUCAGAAGGAGUGUAGUGUACAGACCGACACAAUAACACCUACUGGAAAUCUAUCGCAUAACGGUAACGUAUGUGGUAAAGCUUUUAGCAACCUUGAUAAUUUACAGAGACACAUGAGAACACACACAGGCAUGACAGAUAAAAAAUCUCAUGACUGUAACGUAUGUGGUAAAAAAUUUAGUAAAAAUAGUGACUUCAAAACACACAUGAAAACGCAUACUUGUGAUAAACCUUAUAAAUGUGGUUUAUGUGGUACAGAUUUUAGUCAUGAUAAUGACUUAAAAACACACAUGAAAACACAUGUAAGAGACAAACCGUACACAUGUGGUAUAUGUGGUUCAGGAUUUAGUGAGAGUCGUGGCUUACAGAUACACAUGAGUAUACACACUGAAGGUAACUCCCUCAAAUGUGAUGUAUGUGAUAAAGUGAUUGGUCGGAAUUCCUUACAGAAACACAUGAAAAUACACAAGGGUAAUAUAAAAGUACAUUUAUGUGAUUUGUGUGGUAAAGGAUUCAGGAGAAAAGAUGGCUUAAGGAAACAUAUGGGGACACACACUGGUUAUGCUGUUAAAAAACCUCAUGUAUGUGAUAUUUGUGACAAAAAGUUUGAGAGCAGUUAUGCCGUGAUACACCACAUGAAAGUGCACACUGGAGAAAAACCCCAUUUGUGUGAUGUGUGUGGUAAAGGAUUCAGGAAGAGUCAAGUGUUAGAAGUACACAAACGAACACACACAGGGGAGCAACCUUUUAAAUGUGAUGUAUGUGGUAAAAGGUUUAGUCAGUGUUAUUCAUUAAAGAGGCACAAGAUAACACAUAUUACUGGUUUAAAGCCAUAUGUAUGUGAUGUAUGUGGUAAAAUGUUUACACAGAGUUAUACAUUAAAGACUCAUAUGAAAAAUCACUCCGGUUUUGCAUCUAGUAACGGAAUGUGAUUUAUGUUACUAGUAUAAAGAAUUUACUCAAAUCGUGAAAAGUAUGUUGAUAAUACAUUCUGGCAAUACAUAUUGUCAUCUAAUGGAAUGCGAUGUUUGUUUAAAAGAGUUAACUCCGAGUCAUCUCUUAAAAGACUCAUGUGAGAAUCACUCCGGUGAUGCAUCUAGUAAUGGAAUAUGAGUUAUGUUACUAGUAUAAAGAAUUUACCUAAAUCGUGAAAAGUAUAUUGAUAAUACAUUCUGGCGAUACAUAUUGUCAUCUAAUGGAAUGCGAUGUUUGUUUAAAAGAGUAUUUCCGAGUCAUCUCUUAAAAGACUCAUGUGAGAAUCACUCCGGUGAUGCAUCUAGUAAUGGAAUAUGAGUAAUGUUAUUAGUAUUAAGAAUUUACUCAAAUCGUGAAAAGUAUAUUGAUAAUACAUUCUGGCGGUACAUAUUGUCAUCUAAUUGAAUGCGAUGUUUGUUUAAAAGAGUUAACUCCGAGUCAUCUCUUAAAAGACUCAUGUGAGAAUCACUCCGGUGAUGCAUCUAGUAACGGAAUGUGAUUUAUGUUACUAGUAUAAAGAAUUUACUCAAAUCGUGAAAAGUAUGUUGAUAAUACAUUCUGGCGAUACAUAUUGUCAUCUAAUGGAAUGCGAUGUUUGUUUAAAAGACUUAACUCCGAGUCAUCUCUGAAAAGACUCAUGUGAGAAUCACUCCGAUGAUGCAUCUAGUAAUGGAAUAUGAGUUAGGUUACUAGUAUAAAGAACUUACUCAUAAGCGAAGCGUAUGUUGAUAAUACAUUCUGACGAUACAUAUUGUCAUCUAAUGGAAUGCGAUGUUUGUUUAAAAGAGUUAACUCCGAGUCAUUUCAUCAAAGACUCAUAUGAGAAUCACUCCAGUGAUACAUCUAGUAAUGAUCAGUAAUGGAAUGUGAUUUAUGUUACUACAGUGUAUAAAGAGUUUACUCUAAUCGUAAAGAGUCUAUUUAUUAUAAUACACCAUGUACAUUCUGGCGAUACAUGCAUGACAUGAUGUCAUCAACGGAAUACGAUGUUUGGUUUAAAGAGUUAAAUCGAAGACAUUAUUAAAAGAAUAUAUUCUUAGUCUUGUGAUACAUCUAGUGACACGGAAUUCAUGUCAAAUGUAUGUGGUUAGGAGUUUUAAGUACAUAACCUCUGUGCAUUUACUAAAUGUAUGCUCAUGAAAAGCUAAACACAUAGAGGAUGUAAACCUUGAACAUGUAUAUCCAAUUAAACUCUUCAUGCUCUUUGUGACUAGGCCACAUACAAAAACUAAGAACACAUAUCAUGGAUGUAAACCUUUGAUAUAUUACAUUUUGUACAUGCAAUGUAUAUAAUAAAUGUCUUUAUUUCUAAAACUCAGCCAUGUCAGUAGAGAACAAAGAGGAUAUAUAUAAACCUCAGACGUAUAACAUGUAUUAAGUAUAGGUCUUUCAGGCAAACUUUAUUUAAAUUAAGAAAUCCUCAGAUAUGUUUUAUCAGAAGUAUGUUAAAGAUCUAGGCAACUCAUGAGAGAACAAAGAGGAUAUAAUAUGCAAUACAGUAAACAAGCUAAGCCUUAUAGAUAUAGGAAGAUGUGGUAUGAGUUAAUGAUACAACUUUGAGUCUCCAUCCAAGUCACACUUUGUAAAAGUAAACCAAUAUCAUGAUUAUAGGUUAAAGUACCGUCUUCAACACAGAGCAUUGGCUCACACCGAGUAACAAUCUAUUAAGGGUACCAAACAGGAUAAACUGUAGAGAAA